AUGAAGUCUAUCUUGGAUGGCCUGGCGGACACUACAUUCAGAACAAUUACCACUGACCUUCUAUAUAUGGGACCAAAUGAAGUUCAGUAUGAAGACCCAAAGGGUGAUAUUUCAAAACUGGGCUAUUUCCCACAGAAAAUGGCUUUAUCCUCCUUUCAAGAAAAAAUAAUUGAUGGUCAACCUACUCAACAUCUGGAUCCAUUUAAUGGAACUGAUUAUUUCAAUAAGACAAUUACUUCUCUUAAAGAUGGUAAAGACAAUGUACAGUGCGGAAACAACUUCAUGGACAUGGAAUGCUUUAUGAUUCUUAACCCAAGUCAACAGCUUGUCAUUGCUGCUCUUUCUAUAACCCUGGGUACUUUCACUGUCCUGGAGAACAUGCUUGUGCUGUGUGUCAUCUUGUACUCACGUAGCCUGAGAUGCAGACCCUCCUAUCAUUUUAUUGGCAGCUUGGCAGUGGCUGAUCUUCUAGGCAGUGUCAUUUUCGUCUAUAGUUUUGUUGAUUUUCAUGUUUUCCAUCGGAUAGACAGUCCUAAUGUUUUUCUGUUUAAACUAGGGGGUGUCACUGCUUCAUUUACAGCCUCAGUUGGCAGUCUGUUCCUUACUGCUAUAGACAGGUACAUCUCAAUACACAGGCCCUUGUCUUAUAAAAGAAUAGUCACACGGACAAAAGCUGUGAUUGCAUUCUGUGUGAUGUGGACCAUAGCUAUAAUCAUAGCUGUUCUUCCUCUGUUUGGAUGGAAUUGCAAACUGCUAAAAUCUGUAUGCUCAGAUAUUUUCCCCCUGAUUGAUGAAUCAUAUUUAAUGUGUUGGAUUGGGAUAACCAGUGUUCUUUUGCUGUUUAUAGUGUACGCAUAUAUGUAUAUAUUAUGGAAAGCUCACCACCAUGCUGUGAGAAUGCUGCAACGUGGCACUCAAAAAAGCAUCAUAGUUCACACGUCAGAAGAUGGCAAGGUGCACAUCACUAGACCGGACCAGACUCGUAUGGAUAUUAGGCUAGCCAAGACACUGGUCCUUAUAUUAGUGGUAUUAAUAAUUUGUUGGGGUCCUCUUCUUGCCAUUAUGGUUUAUGAUGUUUUUGGGAAGAUGAACAAGACAGUAAAGACAGUGUUUGCCUUCUGCAGCAUGCUUUGCUUGCUUAAUUCAACUGUGAAUCCCAUCAUCUAUGCCCUUCGAAGCAAAGACUUAAGAAAUGCAUUUUGUAGCAUGUUCCCUUCAUGUGAAGGGACUGCACAACCUCUUGAUAACAGCUUGGAGUCAGACUGUCAGAACAGACAUGCUAAUAACAGUAAUGUCCACAGAGCAGCUGAAAGCUGCAUUAAAAGCACCGUUAAGAUUGCCAAAGUGACCAUGUCUGUGUCCACAGAUACAUCGGCAGAAGCAGUAUAA